AUGUCGUCCUCAGGAGCCCGCUCGGGCGAGCGCGUGAUUCACCAGGACUUCAUCGCGCGAAUCCGCUUCUCAAAUGCUCUGCCUCCGCCGCCCAAUCCCCCGAAGCUGCUCGACAUCCCAAAUACCGGCCUCGCAAGCGGCCAAUACACGACGCCGGGGUUUGCAUCACGUCUGGCGCGAGAGCAGCCGCUCAACAUCGAGGCUGAUGCAGAACUGGGCAUGCCGCUCGACUUGGUGGGAAUGCCGGGCGUCUUUGAUGGGGAUGAACGAUCAAUCCAAGCACCAUCACAGCCAUUAGCCGUCCACCCGCACGAUCGAGCUCUUCUCAGGCCUAUUGCUGCCCUUGGUAAGCCCAAGGUUGCCGAGGCCAACGUCUCUUUCCUCCGCCGAACAGAAUACAUCUCGUCCCUGAUCCCGAAACGCUUCGAGGCAAACCACCCCAGGGCCCUGCUGGCCAAGUCUCGACGACCGGUCAAGCGCCCAGAACCCGCCGCCGACUCUCCGCAGGCCAUCAAGCGCAAGAUCGACAAGGGCUUCGAGGUUGCGGAGCAGGAUCUCAAGGACCCCAAGCGCAUCAAGCAUCCCUCCAAGAAGCACCUCAAGCUCGUCGAUGCCCUGCCCCUGGUGCCCGACCUGGACGCGUUUCCCGACUCUGGUGCUUACGUUACCAUCAAGUUCCUCACGAAUCCCGUCUCAAGCUCCAACGAGUAUGAUAAUCGUCUCCGCAGCGGUCUGUUCAGGCCGAUAGACCGCACGGCGGCCGAGGAAGCAGCUCUCGAGGCCGCCAUGGAGGCCUAUAACCAGGAUCCGGUCAGCAACCCCAAGCCGGCCAACUUGAUGAACUAUGACUUCUACCUUGGCCAGAGCCGUGCCGAUGCCGACCGCUUCCGCCGCAAGUUUGACGUCGACGAUGCAGACCGUGACGAGGAGGACUUGUAUACUCACAGGGGAGACACGGGAGGAUACUUUCAAUUCAACAGGAUCAGGGCGUACGAGACUGCCCAGGAGACGGAGCUCGAUCACCCGACCAAAUAUGAAGAUGAAAUCAUUCUCUCCAUCAACGAGAAAGACACCGACGCUAGCCAAAAGGCUGUUUUCUACUACCCCAUCAUGCAGAGAUCUACCAUCCGCCCCCAACGCACCAGGAACAUUGCGCGCACAAACUACGGCCUUGCUGAGGAUGAUGAGCCGCAAGUCGUCGACCAGCUGGAUCUCACAGUCGAUGAACCGACAGAGGAGAUGAGGGCCGCCAUGAAAAUGUACGCACGACAUCCCAUGGGCUGGGAACAGGACGAAGAAGACGAACUACAUCAGGGCGUUGAGCGGUCUAUCGAGGAGGGCGACGUUGACGCGGAUGGCGAUGCCGAGGGCGAAGACGCUGAUCGUAACGGGGCUUCCAGUCCGGCUGAGAAGUACCAUGAGCGGUCUCCCUCUGCCGAUCGUGAUGCUGAAGGUGAUGAGGAC